AAAGCUUAAAUAGGGAGCGAUGGUCAUUGCUUUAUUCACCCGUGAAUAGAGCUUCUAUAACUCAGGUGCCGGCGGCGAAGCAGAACCACCCCUUCUUUCCGCCCAUUACACAAGGGUCGAAAGAAUAAAAAUAAAAAUCGAAUCUUUUUCUUCCUAAUCAGAUUGUUGAACAACAAUGGGUGCAGGAGGCAGAAUGUCCGUACCAACCGAGGGCAAAAAGUCAAAACCCGAACCCCACCAACGGGUCCCGCACUCAAAGCCCCCGUUCACAGUCGGCACGCUAAAGAAAGCAAUCCCACCCCACUGCUUCAAGCGUUCAAUCCCCCGUUCAUUCUCCUACGUUUUUUUGGACCUCGCCAUUGCCUCGUUUUUCUACUACAUCGCCACAAAUUACAUCCCCGCCCUCCCCCACCCCCUCCCCUACCUCGCAUGGACCCUCUACACCAUCGUCCAAGGCUGUGUCCUAACCGGAGUUUGGGUCAUUGCCCACGAGUGUGGUCACCACGCGUUCUCUGACCACCAAUGGUUAGACGACACAGUUGGCCUAGUCCUCCACUCUGCCUUACUCGUACCCUAUUUCUCAUGGAAGUACAGUCAUCGGAGGCACCAUUCAAACACAGGCUCGCUCGAGCGAGACGAGGUUUUCGUGCCUAAACAAAAAACGGGUCUUUCUCCAUGGGCCAAGUACUUGAAUAACCCACCAGGUCGGAUCCUAAUGCUAACUGUCCAGUUCACUCUCGGCUGGCCCUUGUACCUCCUCUUCAACGUAUCGGGCCGACCCUACAACCGCUUCGCGUGCCACUUCGACCCGAAUAGCCCCAUAUACUCGGACCGCGAGCGGGCCCAGAUCCUUAUUUCUGACGCGGGUGUUCUUGCUAUUGUCUACGGGCUAUACCGCCUCGUUUUAGCAAAAGGGCUUUCUUGGGCUUUUUGCGUCUACGGGGGCCCGCUUCUCGUGGUGAACGGGUUCCUUGUUUUGAUCACGUAUCUGCAGCACACUCACCCGGCUUUGCCGCACUACGACUCGUCGGAGUGGGAUUGGCUUAGGGGGGCUCUGGCCACCGUCGACAGGGAUUACGGUAUUUUAAAUAAGGUGUUCCAUAAUAUCACGGACACUCACGUAGCGCAUCAUUUGUUCUCGACUAUGCCGCACUAUCACGCGAUGGAGGCUACCAAGGCGAUCAAGCCGAUUCUUGGAGAUUACUAUCAGUUUGACGGGACCCCGUUUUAUAAGGCGGCUUGGAGAGAGGCGAAGGAGUGUAUCUACGUGGAGGCGGACGGAAACGAGAAGGACAAAGGUGUGUUUUGGUAUAAUAAUAAGAUUUAAGAUUGUUAUAUUGGUGAAGGAGUAGGGUUUCUUUUUGGUUGCCUAUGAGAGCAAACAUGGGGGGGUGUUGUAUUUUUCUCUUUUAUUUUUUCUUCUUUUUAAAAAAAAAAUUAUUAGGUUGGUAUUAUGGUCUGAAACCCUCUGAAAUCAUGUCUGUUGAAUAAGAGUCUUCUGGGCUUUGUUCUUGAAUUGUAUGGUUCAGUGUUGUACCUUGAACAAGUCCAACGUUAAUCUAUGUAUGCCAUCUUUUUCUUUCAUUUU